CUGAGAACAUCUGAAAAACUGCUCUAGGAAUAUGCAAUUAACAUGGCUCACCGUGUGUCCUCUGAAGCUCCUGAUCACACCAGAAGAAAUCUGCAACCCUAUAAGCGAGAUGAGAAAGACAAUUCUGUUGAAUUCAUCAAUCAAUACAGGGUUGACAUAUCACGUGUCGAAUUAACCAAGUGCUUACCCAACAUUACAACCGUUAGAUGUCGCAGGACCCUCUACUAAGCGCCAUCUCCUAGUCGUUCUGUAAACGAACCCUUGUCGCAGAACUGUAUCACCAGUGUUGCCGUUUUGCCAGUAAUUACUGGUAUUUGCGAGGAAUGAGGGGACUUGCCAAUAAUAUUGCGAGGAAUAACAACAAUUUUCAACUUCUCUAAAUUUUUGUAUCCAUAACAGUCGCCAUAUUUGCACAUUACACUAUGCGCCAGUAGGAGAGUAUCCGAUGUAACAUGAAACAUGGUACCGAGCUGACCGAAUCCUAUACAACGCUGGAAGUCUGUCCUCUCUUCUUACUUAUUUUUUGAUCUGUGUUUUCCUUCUCUUGUCUCAUG